AUGCUAACGUUACCGUUGAAUGUUCAAGGCAUAUAUGGAAAUUUUUUUGGAAAUAAGCCACCUGAGGAUAAAAGGGCACUAUUACUUAGUAAAUGUAAAGGAGGAUUUAGAUUCAAUGGUGAUGAAUUUAAAGAAGCCGAUUUCACUGCAUUUGAGGUUGAUCGUAAUGACUAUAAAAUUAAUUUAAAAGAACAUACUUAUACAACCGAAACAGAAUGUAGAAAUGAAUUGGAGAUUUUUUGCAGCACAAAUUUAAUAUUAGAUGGAAAGUUUAAAGCUGGCUUGGCAGAAGUCAUAAUUCCUAAACUAAAAAUUAAACCAACUGAUGCAUUUAUUAGAGAUGUAAGAACCGCAUUAAGUAAGGGUACAAAUGAUGAUAAAUUAAAUGCACUUCGGGAAUUAACAAAAAUAUAUGGUAGCUUUUAUUCACGUCACCUUGUUUUGGGUAAAGCUGAAAUCAAUGAAAUAACUUUUGAGAAUAGUUCAAGUGAAAAUUUAAACGUAAAUGCAACUGAAGUUACAGGCGGAAUUGAAUCUAGUGAUUACGCUAAAUGGGAUAUAAUUGCAUAUGAUGAAAUUCAUUUGAUUUUUGAUCUUUUGGAUAAUGACUACCCCAAAUUACGGAAAGAAAUUUUAGAUAUUUUGGGUCAACGGAUAAUGUCAGCAGGCGUUAGUGACAUCAUUAAACAUGAUUUUGCAACACCAUUUACAUAUCCAUUGGAAACAAAACUAACAAAAAUAGAAGACAUCUACAAAUGCCACAUUUUUGCAUCAAUAAUGAAUGAGAACGACAGAACUGCAUUAUCUUUGCGUGUUGAAUAUGAAGAUGAAUAUACCCCCAUAAUCGUUGUUCAUCUAAUCCAACAUAAAGAUAAAAAGAAUUUUUUAUUAAGACGAAAAAAAUCUACAUUUUCUUUUAGACUUGGUUGGAUUAUUGUUGGCCAACCAAAGAAUUUUGAUUUUGAUUUGACAGAAUCUCCUUAUCCAGUAAUUCUUAGAAGUUAUGAACUCACAAAUUUUAAAAUUGAAAAUGAUCGUAUACGAAUUCCCUUUGAUCAAAUUCCAAAACUUCAUGAACAAAAACUUAAAGAAACUUGUAUAUUAAGCACUUGUGUAUUAAAAAUAGCUUCAAUAAAUGAAAAUUCAGGACAAAUAAUUAUUGGAUCACAUGUUUCAACCUCUAUCCCUGUUAAAUGGCGUCAGAGUAAUCAACAACCAAAUAUGUUUUAUGGAUGUGAGGAUCCGUGUGAUAAGAAUAUUUUCCCCGGAAAUGGAAAAAAUAUUUUAUCCUCCUUUUUGGCGAGCUCCUACGAACAAAGCAAAGUCUAUGAAAAUCAAAUAAUAUUGGUGAACCAACUUAAUGAUUGUUCUACAAAUUGCGAGCAUGGUUCAAUUAAUGUAAAUCUUAAUGAAGUCAUUUUUGGGUCAUUCAAACCAGAAUGCAAGAAGUGCAACAUUGUAAAAAUUGGAUAUAUGAAAGUUAACAGAGUUGUUCGUCCUUCAAAAAAAGUUGAACUAUUGGCUGAUGAAUCGAAUUUGAUAAUAAUUUAA